AUGAUAAUAUCGAUAUCGCUGGCGAUCCUCGAUGUACUCUUACCAAGUUUCAUCCCGCGAUGGGCUUCUGCAGCCAAAGAGACGGUGUCGAUCAGGAAGAACACUCCAACAGCAUACAUGGACGGACUACGUGGAAUCGCCACCGUCGUGGUAUACCUGACGCAUUUCGCCGUCAACUGGUUUCCAAUCCUCUUAGCUCGAUACGGAGCCCAAGCCAGCGACGUCUUUAUCCUCCAAAUGCCUAUCAUCCGCGUCUUCUUCUCCGGUCGAGCCGCCGUCGCAACAUUCUUCGUCGUAUCAGGGUACGCCUUAUCCUACAGCGCCCUGACGAAAAUCCACAAGGGCCAGCGAGCCGAAGCUUUCGAUACUCUUUCCAGCUCCGCUUUUCGAAGAUGUAUGAGGUUAUACCUUCCUUGUGCUGCAGAUACACUUAUCUGCGCCCUCCUCGCCUAUUACGGGAUGUUCAGACACGAUCCCCUAAACUGGCACGCGAUCCCACCCAGUCUCCCAACCCUCAACGCUCAACUCUGGGACUGGUGGGAGCAGCUCAAAAUCCUCAUCUACCCCUUCAUCUACGUCGAAGGCGCGCCCUUCAGUCCCCGUUAUAACGGUCACCUCUGGACGAUCCCCUUCGAAGUCCGAGGCUCGUGGGUCACAUACGGCACGGUGCUCAUCUCCGCAAAUCUGACUCCCAUAUGGCGUCUCGCGUUCUUCGUCACUUGGGCGAUCUACCUCUGGGUCAUGGGGAAAUGGGACCUCUUCCUCUUCGCUUCCGGCAUCUUAAUCGCGUCCCUCGACGUCGCGCGC